AGCUUGUUUUUAUUUUUCUUCCGAAACAGCUGUUUCAUAGCUGUCCGAUCUCUCUCGCCCCCCAUGUGACCCCACUCAGAGAUAUAAACCCUUUGAGAUCGAAUCCAUUAUAUAAUUUAUUUAGCUUUUUCUAUUAUAAAAAUUAUCUUAUCUCAUUCAUCCCUCUCUCUAUCUCUUACUUCUGUUUUGUAUAACUACUCUUUGUUAUACAUAGCCAUUUUAGUUACUCUGGUUUGUUUCUCAUCCCAUUCUCUCUCUCUCUUUCUCUCUAAUGGUUCUUCCUCUGUUUUAGGAUUUUGAUCAUCUAAAAUUUUUAAUUUCUCUUGAUCCUCACUUGAAUCUUUUUGUUUCUUUCAAAUCUUGAUCAUUUCCUUUGUUUUUCAUCUGCCUUUUUUUUAAAAAAAAUCUAGUGUGCCAUUAAAUCUUAUUAAUGGCACAACUCCCUCCGAAAAUCCCAACCAUGACGACGCCAAAUUGGCCUGACUUCUCCUCCCAGAAACUCCCUUCCAUCGCCGCAACGGCCGCGGCCGCAGCAACCGCCGGACCUCAACAACAAAACCCUUCAUGGAUGGAUGAGUUUCUCGACUUCUCGGCGACUCGCCGUGGGACUCACCGUCGUUCAAUAAGCGACUCCAUUGCUUUUCUUGAACCACCUUCCUCUGGCGUUGGAAACCACCACUUCGAUAGGUUUGACGAUGAGCAAUUCAUGUCCAUGUUCAACGACGACGUACACAACAACAAUCAUCAUCAUCAUCAUCACCAUCAUCACGGCAACAACAUCAACGGCAAUGUGGGUCCCACGCGUUCUUCCUCCAACACCUCCACGCCGUCCGAUCACAAUAGCCUUAGCGACGACGAAAAUAACAAAGAACAACCACCGUCCGAUCAAGAUCAUCACAUGGAAAAUAACGUAGCCAAUCAAAACAACGCCGCCGGUAACAAUUACAACGAACCGGAUGAGGUCCAAAGCCAGUGCAAGACGGAGCCACAGGAUGGUCCGUCAGCGAAUCAAAACUCCGGUGGAAGCUCCGGUAACCGGAUUCACGAUCCCAAAAGGGUAAAAAGAAUUUUAGCAAAUAGGCAAUCAGCACAGAGAUCAAGGGUCAGGAAACUGCAGUACAUAUCAGAGCUUGAACGGAGCGUUACUUCAUUGCAGACUGAAGUGUCAGUGUUAUCGCCAAGAGUUGCGUUUUUGGAUCAUCAGCGAUUGCUUCUCAACGUCGACAAUAGUGCUAUCAAGCAACGAAUCGCAGCUUUGGCCCAAGAUAAGAUUUUCAAAGACGCUCAUCAAGAAGCAUUGAAGAGAGAAAUAGAGAGACUUCGACAAGUAUAUCAUCAACAAAGCCUCAAGAAAAUGGAGAAUAAUGUCUCCGAUCAAUCUCCGGCCGAUAUCAAACCGUCUGUUGAGAAGGAGCAGCUCCUCAAUGUCUAAAGCUGUUCGUUCAUUAAGAUCUUAUUUCUUCAUGGCGAAAAGAUUCUUGACUAUAAAACCUCUUUGUGUCAGGAAAUUAAUUUAUCAAAGAAGAAACCCUUUUUAUUUAUUUGAUCUAAUCACAUUUUUUUAAGUUGUGAUGAAUUUGCUUUUGAUGUAUCUGAUUUUUUGUUUUUUUCUUCGAGUGGGAGGGGGAAAAGUUGGAAUGAUAUGUAAAAAGAACUUAGCUGAUUUGUUGUUUAUUCAAUUUUUUGUUGGAGUGUCUAAGCAUUGUGUACUAAUUGAUAUUUUUCUCGAAUGUUUUUAUUUUCCA